UCCAAAGGAGAAGAAGAAUCUAAAGAAAUACUGAAGACUGAAGAAGACACUGACGAGCUUAACAAUGAGGGGUGACCAAACAAAUGCUGCCCAUUCUGAGCCCUUGAGCCAAGAACAAGAUGAAGUUGCGAUGACGAUGGAGGAGGAAGAUCGAUCACUUGUUCAGAUAAUGGAGUGCCGGAUUUGCCAGGAAGAAGAUCAUGCUGUGAACUUGGAAAAUCCUUGUGCAUGUAAUGGUACUUUGAAGUAUGCUCACCGGAAGUGUGUGCAACGUUGGUGCAACGAAAAAGGAAAUACGACUUGUGAGAUUUGCCAGGAGCUUUUCGAGCCUGGUUAUACCGCACCACCCCCUUCACCUCCCCGGCCAAGCUCUGACGAUACCACUGUUGAUAUCAGGCAGAUGUUCCUUCUACCUAUUUUGAUGCUCUCCAAUAUUCUUUUUGGAAACUGGACUGCUGGAGAUGAUGUGGAUCACGACGACCCUCGUCUCUUGGCUAUGGCAGCAAGUCGUCGCCAUUUUCUUGAAUCGGACUAUGAAGACAGGGAUAGAGAUGGAGCUUCUUUUUGCCGUGCAGCUGCUUUCAUGUUAAUGGCGCUCCUGCUCUUGAGGCAUGCAUUGGCAAUUACAGCUGCUGAAGGUGAUAAUGAUGCUGCCACAUUGUUCGCUCUAUUCAUGCUGCGAGCAAUUGGGUUUAUAUUACCAUGCUACAUAACAGCAUGGGCCGUCAGUAUGAUACAUUAUCGACGUCAAGUACGGGGUAAUAACUCAGCAAUGUCCACAACCGAAGUUGCUAUUAUGAUGCAAACAGGGGAAAAUGGAGAUUUAGAAUUCACACUAGCACCUAACUUGUCUGUGCCGGCGCCAUGUCCUCCUAAUAUUCCUACUCAAGCUUGAGUUGUUUAAUAAAAAUGAAGCUGAUCAUUUACAAGUUUCCCAAGUUUGGUUUCGUAUACGCUAUUGCAGUGUUGUUGUUAGUAAAGGUAGAGAAUAGAUCUGUACUUUGUUUCACCUGUAUUGAGCAGACUCAUUUUCGUUUCCUCGUUCUCCUUUUCUCUGUCUGGGAGAAAGAGAGAGAGACGGAGAAGUUUGUUUUAGUUUUUAUCUAUGGUUGUUGUAAUGCUGUGGUAUAGAGCCUGUUGUUGUAUGUAUAGUUUGUUCAGUGUUAUAAAGAACAAGCUUUUUGGAGAAAAUGCUUUGAUUUUGUAUGUUCAUUUGUUAUCUUCAGCCAUCAACAUAA